GAAUGACCCUGUGGGGUAAUGAGAGACCCCUCRGCAGUGUGUGAGGAACCGCAGAGGAGCAGAAUCAUACAAUCGGUGCUCUGGGAGCGGAGGGAUGGUGGCAGAGGAGAUCGUGGUCUCCAUCUCAGGAGGAGCUCCGUGGGGUUUCAGACUGCAAGGAGGAGCAGAGCAGCAAAAGCCUCUGCAGGUGGCAAAGGUACGCAGGCGCAGCAAWGCGUGCCAAGCUGGGCUGAAGGAGCAUGAUGAGCUAAUUGCUAUUGGCGAGCACGUGUGUGCAGAGCUCAGCCACGCUCAGGCCAUGAACCUGAUAGAUAGAGAAAGUGGCACCCUGAACCUGAAGGUUAAAAGGCCCUCCUCUGGAUUUCAUUCCUCUUCUUGCUCCGGUCUCUCUACGUUCCCUCAGUCCUCCAUGAGGGUYCUGUCCCCUCCUGUGGUCCUCAGCUCCUCCUUUCUCUCUCCCACUGAGUUACCCAGAGGCGUCACAUCGCCCCCAGACAGUGAGGCCUAUUACGGAGAAACAGACAGUGAUGCAGACACACAGUCACACAUAUACCAGCGCCGGCAGAGACGCACUUCUCCUCACGCACGCUCACCCGCGCGCUACGACAACCAAGAAGAAGAAACGUCAGAGAUGAGCGGAUAUGAGAGCGCCACAGAUGCUGGAGUUAGCCUGCAGUGGGACAACCGGUGUGUCCCCGGCGUCCCUCGCAGAGAACUGAUCUACCUGCCUCAUCAAACCGAGUGGACCACUCCCGCACACACCCCUCACACCCUCACCCCUCACGCUCUUACCCCAACCCAUGAUCAGAGCCCAGUGGACGCCGAAGGAGAAGGGGACAGUGGUUUCCAGGAGGCCGGCGGCUUCAUGGCACCAAUCUGCCCUCCUUUAGUCUCACCGGAACGAGUAAAAGAGGUGCUGAAGUUGGGCUCCAGUAAUCAUCUGGUGCCCAUGGUGGGACCACAGCAGACCCCUGUAGAAGAUGAACUCUCCACCACCUAUAAGGACAAAGCUCGACUAGCCAAGUUGCAGCGUGGGGAGAGCGUGGUGGAGAAACAGGUGAAAGAAGCUCGUUCUAAAUGCCGCUCCAUCGCGUCUUUGCUGACUGAUGCUCCCAACCCCAAUUCCAAAGGGGUGCUUAUGUUCAAGAAACGCAGGCAGAGAGCCAAGAAGUACACACUAACCUGCUUUGGCAAAGCUGAGGGAGACAAAGGAGGGGAAACAGAAGGAGAAACAGGGGAAGAGACAGAGGAGGAAGGGGGAAGUUUAAUCCUGACCGGCUCAGAAGUAGAGGAAGACGGAUACUCUGGAUCGUUUGACGCUACGUGGGAUUCAGGUUAUCUUGAUCUGCUGGAGAAGAGAAGCUCUGCCUGCCCAUCAGCUACUCCAACAACGCCAAAUUGUAGCACAGAAGUGGACACUUCAACUUAUCCAACCCCAGGACUUGAGACGUUUGAAAAUCAAAACCCAGGGUUGGAGAGCUCAGCCAAUCACGGCUCAAAGGUGGAGAGAAGCAUCAAGAAGCAGACGAUCAAAACCCAGAUGUCUCCUCCGGCUGUGGCGCUAACCAAUGGGGGUUCAGUUGCCAUAAGCCGGGGCAGUGUUGUCCUGAACCCAACCUCCGACACACCCCCUCCAACUCCAAAUGGGCCUCAACACAACCCCAGUAAUAACACUGCUAAUGCUGAUUUCAGUCCAAACCCAAGUGUAGACCUGCAGAAUAAUUCCACCUUUAAUCCCAACGUCCUAAACCGCACCGCCCGCCCCUUCGCACCCGGCUCGACCCCUUCCCGUGCGUCUGUAACCUCUGUGAUGUUUCGCCCUCCCCAACCCAAACCCACACCCCUAACCAUGGCCCCCAAACCCGUGGCUGCAGUCUCUAUGGUGACAAUCGCGCCCACUCAACAUCCUCCGGGGCCAGACGCGAGGAGAGCAGUGUCUAGCACUUCCCUGUAUAUCGCUCCGAGAAAUAGCAGCAGUAACACUUCCACCUCCAUUAACUCCCACCCGCCAGCUCUUUCACCUCUCUCCUCUCUGUCUUCAACACCUUUCUCUCCACCCCCUUCUACCAAUCCACCACCUGCUUCGCACACUUCCCCCUCAAGCCCAGUCUUGCCUUCUGCUCAGAUGUUUUCUCCUCCACCGUACCAUCCUCCUCCUGUUUCAGCUCCUCAUCAUAUCCCAACAAAUCCCCCUUCAGGUUUGACUCGGGUCUCCUUCCCUGCUCCCCCUGCCAGCCAAACCUCUCCAUCUGUCCUGUCGUACAAUGACACGACAGGAGCAACGACUUCAACAUCUCCCCCCCGGGCUCCUCUUAAUGACUCACUGGUUACACGCGAGCAGCGCAUUUCGGUCCCGGCGGCUCGCACCGGCAUCCUGCACGAUGCUUGUUCUCGUAGCAACAAGAAGCCAAUGUUCAGCGCACUCAAAAGCAAAGAUGUUUCUCCGAACCCAGACUUGCUGUCGAUGGUUCAGAACAUGGACGACCGCUUCGUGCGAAAUGUCGAAACCACUGCUCCCAGUGGGGAGGCUGGUCACGAAUCAGGGCCUGAAGAAGACUGGCUGAGGCUCGGGGCAGAGGCCUGUAACUUUAUGCAGGCUCAGCGAGGACCUAGGCCACCGCCCGUUGCUCCUAAACCACAGGCUCCUCAGGUGCUGCAGCUCGCGGGAAAAGGAGGCCAGCUGUUUGCCAGAAGACAGAACCGGAUGGAUCGAUACGUUGUGGAGCGAUCUCCAUCUGUCGCGGCAGCGCCUUACUCACCUGCUCAAACCAGGGAGCCCUCGCCCACACCUUCCCUCCCUGCCACCUGGAAGUACUCCUCCAACAUCCGUGCUCCACCCCCCAUUAGCUACAACCCCCUCCUCUCUCCUUCAUGUCCUCUAAAUGCCCAGAAAAAGCCUGAAGUGAAAACCUCUGGGACAACAAGAUCCAAAGGGCAGAAAGGAGGCAUCAAGCCUGUGGACAUCAUGAAGCACCAGCCCUACCAGCUUCAGUCCUCCCUCUUCAGCUACAGAGGUGGUGUUCCCCAGGACACCUCCAACCAUAGUCAGCAGAGAGGUGGCCCACAGAAGACAGCACGAGUUUACGAGGUGAAGCGAUUUUCAACUCCGCCUCCAACAGCCACGGGGCCCACCCUCAAAGUAAUCGUACCCCGUUCCGCCACCACACUCGGGGAGCCACUGAGGUACUCCGAUGCCAUGCUUUCUCCACCCCCCAUUGGUGCCACACCGUUCCAAAACCAACAUCCAUCACCUCAACCUCACCAGCCUCUGUGGACCUCCUCCCCGCUGUCUUCUCCAGUACCACCGCCCCCCACCUCCCCACUCCCACAGCUCCCCACCUUUUCCUCCCCACCUGCCCCAAACCCAGUCCAGCCGCUGAUAUUUCCCCAGCAUCAGCCCUCAGCUGCUCAGCCGGCCAAUUUUAAAAGUGCCCCGGAUCUAAGUCCUCUGUGUCCCACCAGUUCCUCCCAGCAGAGAUCCAGCAGCUCUCAACUUACCAGGGUUCCCAGGCCUCGGUUCAGCACUUCCAACUUAGGUCUGCAGCCUUGUGUGUGGCGUCCAGGAUCCACUAUGCACUGAACAGAGCUUCAGACGGAACAAUUCAGAGCUCUGUGGGAGCAAAUAUCCACGUUUAAGUUUUCUUCUUGACGGCAAUUUAUUGGUAGUAUUAUCAUUACAUCAUCCACAUUUUGUCACAAGGUCUAACUGCACUAGUCUCACAUGUAGCAGAUUUUAGUGUUUAAUCUUGUUCAGCCUUUAUAUCCCAUUCAUUUGGUUGAACAUUAUUUAAAGGGAACAUUUAGUCUGAGGGCAGAACUUUAGAAUGGAAACCUAAGAAGUGUCUAAGAAAGGAAUAUCAGUUAUAGAUUGACUGUGAUUAAAAGGAAUAUUUAAGGGAAUUUAAAACAAUCUGUAAAUAUUAUUCACAAGGUAAAGUUUAUUAAUAAAAAAGAAGAAUAGAGGAUGUGUCAGGAGAAGAAUGUUUUAAGAGAAAGGCAAUAAGAAAUGAGAAACUUUCAACAGGAAACAACAGAAAAAAGGUUUGCUAUGUUUCAGGGUUAGAACUGGAAUAAUUUUUACAUUUAGUGAUGUCCUAUUUGUUGCUGUCUGACAAUAACACGUUAAACAAAUUGUUUUACUAACAAUAUUUCACUCUUAUUAAUGUUUUGAAGUGUUUGUAUCUGGUGGAAUUGAUUUUUUGAGCGCUUGCUUUGUUUUUGGCAGGUAAUUUUAGAAGAAAAGUGUUUUACUGCAGACUUUUUGUUUCUCAUUUGGUGAUACGAAACACGAGAUAUAUGUACAGCGUGUCUGUUUAGCUGCGAUUCUUUCCCACAGAACGAUGGCGUCGAAUAAAAAUAGACAUGACUCAC